AUGACUGGUUCUCAACUGUCAUCAACUGGUUCCGAUUAUACAAUUGGUAGUCUUCAUACAGCAACAGAUACAUAUUUAGAAAAACUUGGUUUAUGGAGAAAGCGCAUGCCUCAAGAUGCUUCUAGUUUAUUCCGCGCUAUAUCUGAAAGUUUGUUUUGUACACAAGUAAAUCAUUAUGAUGUACGUCUGCAGUGUAUUGAAUAUAUGCAAGUGUUUAAGAAUGAUUUUUCCGAGGAGCUUUCAAUGAAUAUUAUGAAUUAUCUUUCAUUAUUGAAAGAUCCAAAUUUCUGUGGUGGUUUACUUGAAGUAAAAGCAUUAUCACGCUGUUUUCGAAUCAAUAUUAUCGUUUAUUUUAAUCAAGCAACUGAACCGUUAUGUUUUAAUUAUGAUAAUGCGAUUCAAACGGUUUCAUUAGUUUUAAUUGGUUAUCAGUUUGAUCGUGUCAUUAAAGAAGAAAAACGUACACAAUUAGCUAUUGCACAAGCAUUCACGUACAAACUUUUGUUUUCCGAGGUAUUUAAACAACCAAGUAUUGUUCAACAAGCAAAAUCAAUUUUACGUUCAUCAGAUACGCUGUAUUAUGGUCUCGAAACAUCAAAAAUGAAAAAAAAUGUACGAAAUCAAUCAAGACGUUGUAGUGAGGAUAUCAAAUUGAGUAUUCCCGUUCCGUACCGUACAGCAAAAGCAUUUGAUCCAGCCAUCUAUCGUAAUGUGGCAUUUGAUAUUUGUAAUCAAUAUGUUCGUGGAAAUAAGUCACCAACAACUCUAUUCUCACAAGCUAAUAUGGUAGAAAAACAUGGUGUUAAAAUGCGUUUACCAUGUACAGAUUUUUAUCCAACGGAUGCCAAACGUGUUUUGGUCACAUUAAUAAAUUCAGCGAAAGGAAAAGAUUUGUUACUUGCAUAUUACAUAAGUCAAGACACUGAUCAUCAAACAGAAAAUAUGAUGCAUAAUGUUUUUGUAUUGAAAUUUGGUACAAUUAUCAAAACAUCAGUAUUAAAUACAAUUGAUUUUCCUGGUUUUCAUUUUCCAAUCAAUCGUUAUCCAAAACAUAUGGCAUUCCUUGAAUUAGAUCGACGAUCUGCAUUUGCACAACAAGCAAAAGCGUGCUUGAAAGCGGUUGCUGAUUAUCAUCAUCAAAAGCGUCGUCAACAGCAUGUACGCACAAAUCAAUAUGGUCGUCCAUUGACAACUCAAUUAUUCUCAUUCCAAGUCGUUCCAUUUCAACAACAAAUGAAUUCAAGUAGUAAUUCAUCACAAAAUGAUGAACAUCAAAAUAUAACAAAUACAACAUCGUCGUCGGCUUCAUCAAUAACUGCAACCGAUCAAGGUCUUGCAAAAGGUUCAACCACAAUUUUACAAAUGCCAUCAUAUUAUACAAUUAAUUCAUUUCAAACGGCUCUUCUUCCACCAUCAGCGCCAGCAGAACAACAGACACUUUAUCGUAGUCGAAGUCUUGGUGCAAUCGAUCGUUAUCAUAUAUCAUCACCGAUUCAACAUCAACCUCAUCAGGUUUAUCAUUCACAAUAUUUACAACCCUCAACACCAACAUUAGAUGUUUUGAAUGAAAAUUUAUUCGAACUAGAUGAAAAUUUACCGGAUUUUAAUGAUGAUAUUUCGUUUUGGUAUCAACGUCAACAACAGCCAGAACAGCAAGUACCAACAAUUCAUGAUCAAUAUCAUCAUAAAUUAUCAUUUCCACAAGAAUUUGAACAGCAACACAACACACAACCCUCAAUUAACUUUGGAAAUAUAGGAAAUACAGAUCCAAAUAUGAUGACUUUUCCGCCACCAUUACCAUUUUUGUUAUCUUCGCCAAUGAAUUCGAUUCCACAUGAUCAUUUUUUUCAUAAUACACCACUCCCGUGGCAACAACCGAUAUUUCUUCCUCGUAGUCCACCCUACCAAUCUCCCGGGGAAACCUUUUUACCACCAUUUAUACAACAGGCAUCUCUACGUCCAGUUCAUCCACCAGCACAACCAAAUGCCAAAUAUUCCGAAUUGAGUGUAAAUGGUGUAUUGCUAAGUGAAAAAUCGGAUUUAGUUUUGAAUUUUGUCGAUUGUAUACCAUUAUUUCAUGGUGUACUGUCGCUGUCACCAAUGUUAGAGAUUGCGUUAACACAAAUUGAGGCAUAUUGUUCGAAGCAUAACCAAACAAUUAGUGGCUAUUAUCAAGCAAACGAAAAUUUAAAUGAUUCACAACCAAAUUUUACCGCGAUGAAAAUAAUGGAAAAAAUCAAAGAAAACAAUCCGGAUGCACUUUUGUUCAUGAUCGAUAAUCGUCUGACAGAUUUAGAAGAAAAUGACAGAUUUUAUAACGUUUUAUCGCUCGUUGAUAAAAAUUGGAAAGAUGUGUCCGUUACACAUACGGUUAAUGAGGAACAUGGUCAUGUUGCCUUAUCGUUAGUACAACGUAAUUUUCAUCGUAAAUUAGUUGAUUUUGAUAAUCAUUUAGAUUCAAUAUCAUCGGAUUGGUUUAAUAAUCAAAUUAAAGAAGAAAUCGAUCGAACUAUCUAA